ACCGCAGUCUCAACACAUGACAGAGAAGUCCCUCAUCCGCUGACACCAAAAGAACAAUCAAUCAACUUUGGACUCGUCUUAGUGCAUUGAAAAUUGUGCGUUGGAGAGCGUCGCUUUUUGGGAACAUUGAAGAGUUCUGAUCUUCCUCAUAAACUGUCACUUCAAUUUCAACUGAUUUCAACAGGACUUUUAAAUAGGCUAUAAACUUCCUAAAAAAAACGAGAAUGAAGGCCUUUAGUGUUGCAGUGGUACUCGUCAUUGCAUGUAUGUUCAUCCUUGAAAGCACCGCUGUUCCUUUCUCCGAGGUGCGAACGGAGGAGGUUGGAAGCUUUGACAGUCCAGUUGGGGAACAUCAACAGCCGGGCGGCGAGUCCAUGCAUCUGCCGGAGCCUUUCAGGUUCAAGCGUCAGAUCCACCUCUCCCUGUGCGGUUUGUGCUGCAACUGCUGUCACAACAUUGGCUGUGGCUUCUGCUGCAAAUUCUAAGGACCUGCCCGCAACAUUUUCUAGUUUGUACAUGUUUGCAAUGUUUUCUUUCUGAGAUGUUGUUUUUGUGACUAUGAUAAUGAUUUAUAAAAUCACUUCUUAUUGUGACACUUUAAAAAAAAUAAACACAUUCUUUGAAUAACAAA